AUGGAAUGGAAGUGCAACUUGCGGGAGAAGACACACGAUGUCGACGGCUCAGCUCUAUCCAGCACAGCCCGCAAGAACUUGAUCCAGUUUCAAGACUUUUUGGACAAGAAUCCGGCCAAACAAGACUCUGACUUCAUUGUCGACACAGGCGGUUCUUCAGCAACUUGGAUGGAGGCUUUGGCUCACAAAACUAGUCUAACCUGCAACAUGGCAGCAGCAGGUGAGAAGAGAUUGCCCCAAGGUGUCCUCAACAGAGCUGACUUGCAGUUGGGCGUCCAAGCCUUCUUGCUGUGGGAUCCAGCACUCAAGGAGAAGAGCGCGUUUGAGCUGGAAAAUGCUCGUGAGGCUUUGAUUUUUUGCCAGCCUUUCUUCAAGGAAGACCGCACCAGGUCAUGUGCGCUUGCCUGUGCCAUCAUGUUUUUCACCAUCCUUCAGAUGACGCUGGACCGCCCUGGCACAGAGCCCACAGACUGUACAUGGACCGCUCACCUUUACACCAGGUCUGGACAAAUCCAGCCUAUGCAAGAGAAGAUCGAGAAAUGUCCAGCUUUGACAUCGCGCGGGUUGCUUGCAGGAAAGGUUGGUGAGUUGGAUAGCGCUGCUUCUUUUCUUUUGGGCGCCAUCAACGCCAUGCCUCAUGACCUGCUGCCCCAGGCGCCGCAUUUCGAAGGCUGCUUCACUUGCCUGGACGACUUGUUGGUGCAUAUGAAGUUUCGACUUCACCAAAGUUCUUCUGCUAGUUAG